CGUCGGUGUCAGUCCCAGGCUUGCUCAUUAACACGCACGCACAAAACUCUGCUUGCUCUCAGUAAAAGCAAAGCUCACUCACUUUCUCUCCCACUAAAACUUCAGUUUCUCUCUCUUGAAUUUUGAGAUCUUGAAACCCUAGAAAAUGUCGGAUUAUGCAUUGUAGGGAUCAAUCGGGGAAGCUUAGUCGUUUCUUCCCCUCCUCCUCAUUUUGAUUCGUCGUUGCAAUUUUAAGGAUACAAAAAUAAAAAAUUCAUGGCUUGCAGCCUCUGGGGUCCGUCAUUCCAUGAAGAAGAAAGCAGGUGUUGCAUACAACCAGGAUGGCAGUGUGACUUUUACUUUGGCUAUGGCUUCGACAUGAUUGAGGAAAAUGCUUUGAAUGAGAAAUCUUGUGUUCAAGUACUGAGGAUAUUGAUUACAAAAGCAGAUACUGAAAUCGAUGAACUUGAAAAAGAUUUAGUAUUGCUACAAAGUGAACUAGCCUGGGCUGAACAUGAAGAAUGGUCUGACAUAUGCUGCAAUGCUUUGAGAGCAAAGAUCGAUUGCCUGGAUAUCUCAAUACGGAAAUUGAGGAACAAGGAUGAGAAUGACAUUGAGGUUUACUUACUGAUGCAUACAGAACCUGUUGAGAAAUUGCAUGAAAUAGUUAAGGCUCUACUCAAAAGUUUUUGCCAUGAGAAAGAUGAACAGUGUCAGGGUGUUGUCUUAGAUUCAAGUUGUGGUUCUCCAGAGCAGUCAGCUGACCUGCAUAAGAACCAAAAAUUGAGCACCUCAGAUUCACAUUUUAUUGCAAAGGAGGAAUUUAAUGGUCCCAUUGUUACUCCCAGCGAAAACUGUACUUCCUCAAAAUCACAUACAGAGAUUGAAAAGAAGAAAGCAAAUAGUUCGGAAACACUAGCAACUACCAGUUUCAAAAAUAUGAUACCACAUUCCCUGGCACCAGUGGCUGAUCAAUUUGAUGAGAAGAAAGUUGUAACCAACCUUGAUUUAGAAACUACCAAGGAGCAAGGAAUCAAAGAUUGUGGUCUUACUCUUAAAGACAAAAAUGUGAUCGAAAAUUCAUCUUUUAAGUCUGCACAGAAGAGAAUGCAUAAACGAGACAGGGCUAAGGUUAAGGAGCCUGCUGCACAGGUUGUGAAUAAUUCAGGCCUGGAUGCCUCAUAUCAUUCAGCUGACCACCUGAACAAGAAGAGUGCUUCUAGAUUGAAAAUCGUGAGUGAGGAAGCAACAGUACACACUUCUAUAUCUGCAUCAGAUAUUUUAAUCCUAGAUUCAUCAUCAAAUCCAAGGGGGAAGAGAGCAGAUCUUAGCAGGAAAGUGAAGAAUGAACAGCCUGCAAAUAUUAUUGCCAAAGAUUUCGACUCAAUUGCUUGUAAACAGACAACAGGCCACUCCAAUGAGAUGAAAAAGCUGCGCAAGCAUGACCUGAAAGUUAAUGGAUGUGAAGUGCAAGAACAUAAUACAACUACUAUCGGAAAAAGUAAAAUUUCAAAUUCAAGUUUGAAUUUUGAACAUAAAGGAAAUAUUCUGAAAGCAGAUAAGCCUGCAAAUGCUGUGGUUAAAACUAUUAGUCCUGAUACUUUGAGACAUGCCACUGGCCUCAACGGGAAGGGAAAUAAUUCUGAUUCCAGGUUAGGUGCUGUCGGACAGGCAGAAAGUCUAAACUGUGAUAUGGAGCAAAAACUUUGUGACUUUGCUGCGAAAUCUGCACGUAAACGAGGCAUCAAAGAGUUAAAGUUUGCUUCAACUGAGCAAAAAGAGCCUUCAAGUUCAUUCUUUAAGGGAGAAGGGAAGAGAAAAGACUCUUUACAAGUUGUAAAGCGAAAAGAAGCUCCACUGAGUGACGAUGAACACUUCGCCUUAACCUCACUUAUAGAGCUGCAGGAUGAGAGGGGAAAGGAUAAAACCAUUCUACAGAUGGAGGGAAAUCCACAACUGGAGGAAGUUCAGAUGGCUGAAAUUGCUGCUAGAGAUGACAAAUUUGUUAUGAACUUAUAUAUGAGGUCACAAAGAGGAAAGCUAAAGAUAGUAAAGACAACUGAGUCGAUUUCAGCCAGUGUUGAAGAGCCUAGUUUAAAUUCCAAGGAGAAUGUUUCAAACUCAUCUCCUAUUUCAAAGGGCAAGAGACCAUGGAAAUAUGCUAACAACCAUACUUUAAAUUAUUCUUUGAGUGGUAAAAUCACUAAGAAAACAACUCAGCAUAGCCAAUAUGAAGUUGAAGACCAGAGCAUGAUGCUCGAUGCUAGCCAGAAUACAAUGUCACUGCCACAAAAGAAAUGUAAAAAGUUUUCUAGUGUACCAAUAUUUGUGGAGAUCAGAGGUUCAUCUGUACAAAUGAACAUCUCAAAGUUGCAUGCGAAUCUAAAUGGGAGUACAGCUAAGACAGAUAUUUCUAUAUCAGAGGCUUCUGUUGAUGGUUCCUGUAUAAAGGGUGUGACACCCCAGCCUUUUGAUAUAAGUAACUUGAUGAAAAUGAAGUUGUGUGACCUGAGGGCAAUUGCAAAAGCACAGAAACUAACAAAAUACUCUGGACUUCGGAAAGAAGAUCUGGUCAAGCAAUUGGAAAAUCGAUUCCGUUGCUAAUGAAUAUGUGGAUGGCUUCUGUACAGUGUGCUGCAUCAUUGUCUGAAUCCCAAGGUAAAAUCUCAUGGUGCAGUCUUCAUUGGAAGCACAGGUUUUUCGAAGUACAUAGAAUCCCAGAAAACAACAAAAUGUAGUAUUCUUACUUAGAGGACCUGGUUCAAUGGCUCAUCAAAUGACAUUUUCUUCUGUUCACCUAUUUGGGAGAUGGGUGUUGUGCACCGUAGUGACCACACACACACACACACACACAAAAGUAUCGAGUCAAAACAUGAUAUUUGCUAUAGGGUUGUAAACGCAAGUCUAUCAGUUGUGGUUUAUGGUAACAGGAACAUACUGAUAUGAUCAACAUUAUAGAUCAAACGGUUUUCUGCUGUCUA